CGUGAGGAGGGCCCGGAGCCGCUGCCGGGGCCCGGCGGGGUCGGGAUCGGCACCGGCACCGCCUGUCCCGGGGCCGGGCUCAGCGCCUUCGGAGCGACCGGGACCGGUGUCGGAAACCACUGCCGGUGAACCCGGGGCGGGUGUCGGGGGUCCCGGAGCCUGUACCGGUGAUCCCAGGGCCAGUGCCGGUUAUCCCGGAGGGGUGUCAGGGUCCAGGAGCCGGUACCGGUUAUCCCUGGGCGGGUAUCGGUGACGCAGGGAGGGUGCCGGGAGUCGGGAACCGGUACCGGUUAUCCCGGGGCAGUGCCAGGGGUCCCGGAACCGGUACCGGUUAUCCCAGGGCGGGUGUCGGGGGUCCCGAAGCCGGUAGUGGUGACCCGGAGCGGGUGUCGGUGACGCGGGGAGGGUGCCGCGAGUCGGGAACCGGUACCGGAGAUCCCAGGGCCGGUACAGGGUAUCCCGGAACCUGGAGCCGGGGCUGGUAACCCGGAACCGGUCCUGGUGAUCCGGAGUGGGUGUCAGUGACCGGUACCGGGGCCCGGAGCAGGUGUCUGGUAACCCAGAGCAGGUGUCCCUUACCCCAGUCCUGGUUCCGGUCCUGGUCCCAUUCCCGGUCCCAGUCCUGGUGACCCAGGGCCGGUGUCCGUAACACCGGUACCAGUCCCGGUUCCAUUCCCGGUCCCAUUCCUGGUGCCAGUCCCAGUUCCCGUGACCCAGGGCCGGUGUAAAUAACCCCGGUACCGGUUCCAGUCCCAGCGCCGUUCUAGGUUCCAGUUUCAGUUUCAGUCCCAGUUACGGUGCCUAUUCUGGUGACCCAGUACCGGUGCCCGUAACCCCGGUACCGGUUCCAUUUGUGAUCCCAUUCCCGGUUCCCGUCCUGGUUCUGGUGACCCAGGGCCAGCGUCCAUAACCCCGGUCCCGGUUCCAUUCCUGGUUCCGUUCCCGGUGCCAGUUCCGGUGCGGGUGACCCAGUACCGGUGUCCGUAGCCCCGUUCCCGUCCCCGUCCCCUCCCCGCCAUGUACUCAGCGGGCGCGGCGGGCCCGGUUCCGUCGCGGCGCCGUGGCGCGGCGCUGCCCAAGCAGCCGGAGCGCAGCCUGGCGUCGGCGCUGCCGGGGGCGCUGGCCAUCACCGCGCUCUGCACCGCGCUGGCCGAGCCCGCCUGGCUGCGCAUCCACGGCGGCACCUGCGCCCGCCAGGAGCUGGGCGUGGCCGACGUGCUGGGCUUCGUGCAGCCCGAGCUGCUCAGAGAUUUCUGCAUGAACCCACAGACAGUGCUGCUGCUGCGGGUCAUUGCUGCUUUCUGCUUCCUGGGCAUCCUGUGCAGCCUCGGCGCUUUCCUGCUCGACGUCUUCGGGCCCAAACACCCGGCCCUGAAAAUCACCCGGCGCUACGCCUUCGCCCACAUCCUCACAGUCCUGCAGUGCGCCACGGUGAUCGGCUUCUGCUACUGGGCCUCAGAGCUGCUCCUGGAGACCCCAGACCAAAUUGCCCCCAAUCUAACCCAUUUUUACCCAGUUUUUCUUGGUUUUUUGCCCUUUUUUUUUCCCAAAUCUAACCCAAUUUUCCCAAAUUUUCCCAAAUCUAACCCGUUUUUCCCCAUUUUUCCAGUCCUGCAGUGCGCCACAGUGAUCGGCUUCUGCUACUGGGCCUCGGAGCUGCUCCUGGCGCAGCAGCAGCAGCACAAGAAGUACCACGGCUCGCAGGUGUUCGUCACCUUCGCCGUCAGCUUCUACCUGGUGGCGGGCGCGGGCGGCGCCUCCAUCCUGGCCACGGCCGCCAACCUGCUGCGGCACUACCCCAGCGAGGAGGAGGAGCAGGCCCUGGAGCUGCUCUCCGAGAUGGAGGAGGCCGAGCCCUACGGGCCCGACUACGAGGUGGUCAACCAGUUCCAGCCGCCGCCCGCGUACACGCCCUGAGCCUGGUCAUAGAGAUGGUGACCACCACGAUUCCGGUCACCGUGAUCACCAUGAUUGUGGUCGGCGUGAUGGUGGCCACCGUGAUGCUGGUCAGCGUGAUGGUGGGCACCAUGAUGGCGGUCAUCGUGAUGGGUGGUCACCUUGGUCCUGGUUACCGUGAUCAUGGUCACUGUGGUGGUGGCCCCCAUGAUCCCAGUCACCAUGAUCCUGGUCAUAGGGAUGGUGGCCACCGUGAUCACAGUCAUUGUGAUGGUGGUCAUCAUGAUGGUGGCCCCCGUGAUCCCAGUCAUCCUGAUCCUGGUCAUUGGGAUGGUGGCCACCAAGAUGGCGGUCAUCGUGAUGGGUGGUCACCUUGAUCCCGGUCACCAUGAUCAUGGUCAUUGUGAUGGUGGCCACCAAGAUGGCAGUCAUCGUAAUGGGUGGUCACCUUGAUUGUGGUCACCAUCAUCAUGGUCACUGUGGUGGUGGCCACCAUGAUCACAGUCACCAUGAUCACCAUGAUCGCGGUCAUCAUGAUGGGUGGUCACCUUGAUCCCGGUCAUUGUGAUGGUGGCCACCAUGAUCCCAGUCACCAUGAUCAUGGUCAUUGUGAUGGGUGGGCACCAUGAUCCCAGUCACCAUGAUCCUGGUCAUCGUGAUGGGUGGUCACCUUGAUCCCAGUCACCAUGAUCGUGGUCGUUGUGAUGGUGGCCACCAAGAUGGCGGUCAUCGUGAUGGGUGGUCACCUUGAUUUUGGUCACCAUCAUCAUAGUCAUUGUGGUGGUGGCCACAUGAUCACAGUCAUUGCGAUGGCGGUCAUCGUGAUGGUGGCCACCAAGAUGGCGGUCAGCGUGAUGGAGGCCACCAUGAUCCUGGUCACCAUGAUCACCAUGAUCCUGGUCAGUGCGAUGGUGGCCACCAUGAUAGCGGUCAUCGUGAUGGGUGGUCACCUUGAUUUUGGUCACCUUGAUCCUGGUCACCGUGAUGGGUGGUCAUCAUGAUGGUGGCCACCUUUAUCCCGAUGGUCACUAUGAUUGUGGUCAUUGUGAUUCCGGACACCACGAUCAUGGUCAUUGUGAUGGUGGCCACCAUGAUCCUGAUCACCGUGAUCCCAGUCAUCGUGGUGGUGGCCACCAUGAUUCUGGUCACCAUGAUCGUGGUCACCUUGAUCCUGGUCAUCGCAUUGGUGGCCACCAUGAUGGUGUUGGAUCGAGUGGACAGAGAGGCCGGAUCGUCAUUGGGGUGGGGGACGUGCUGUGGGAGAGUUGGCUGGGGAGAUGUCAAGAGGUCUUCCAGGGGAGGAUCUGUCCAGGUGGAUCCCAGGAGAUGUUCCAGCAAAGGACUGGUCUGGAUGGAGACAGGAAGUUCUUCCAGGAGAGGAUUUGUCCAGGUUGGAUCCCAGGAACUCUUCCAGCGAAGGACGCUUUGGACAGGUCCUGGAAGUUCUUCCAGCCAAGGAUUUCUGCAGGUGGAUCCUGGGAGUUCUCCCAGGGAAGGACUUGUUGGAGCAGAGCCUGGAAGUUCCUCCAGGGGAGGAUUUCUCCAGGUGGAUCCCAGGAGCUCUUCCAGGGGCCUUGAUCCCGGAGUUGGUUCCCUGGCUCUCCUGCUCCAGGUGGGUUUUCCUUGGAAUGAGGGGAGUGGGAUCCACAAUUCCCAAUGGAGUGAGAACCUUGGGAUCUCCAUGGAUCCAGAACUUUGGGAUCCCCAAUUCCCAAUGAAUCGAGAACUUCGGGAUGCCCAGUUCCCCAUGGAGUGAGAACUUUGGGAUCUCCAUGCACUGAGAGCCUUGGGAUCCCCAAUUCCCAAUGGAUCCAGAACUUUGGGAUCUCCAUGAACUGAGAACUUUGGGAUCCCCAAUUCCCAGCAGGUUGAGAACUUUAGGAUCCUCCUGGAAUGAGAGCUCUGGGAUCUCCAUGGAUCGAGGACUUUGGGAUCAGGAAUUCCCAAUGGAUCAAAAACUUUGAGAUCCCCAAUUCCCAACGGAUUGAGAACUCUGGGAUCCCCAGUUCCCCCUGGAAUGAGAACUCUGGGAUCCCCAAUUUCCAGUGGAUCCAGAACUUUGGGAUCUCCACGGAUCCAGAACUUUGGGAUCCCCAAUUUCCAGUGGAUCCAGAACUUUGGGAUCUCCACGGACCAAGAACUUUGGGAUCCCCGAUUUCCAACGGCUCCAGAACUUUGGGAUCUGGAAUUCCCUGUGGAAUGAGAACUCUGGGAUCCCCAAUUCCCACCGGAUCCCCGACUUUGGGGUCCCCCAUUCCCCACCCCAUCCCCUCUCCCGGCUCUCCCCCCUUUUCCCACAUUUCUCCCCCUAUUUAAAAAUUUGGGAAUUCCCAUCCCCGCUCCCCCCUUUUCCCCCCCCCAUGGACAUUCUGCACUUUAUUCCAGGCUCUGGGAAUUCCGGGAUCGCCUUUGGGUUUUUUUUUUUUUUGGCUUUUUUUUGGGAUCAUCCCACAAAAUUUGGGAAUUUCGGCCUCCCUGGGAAAUCGGGAUGAGCCCUGCUGGAAAAACCCGGAGCUUUUAUGCAAACCCCUCCACUCCCAUCCCAUUUUCCCCCAUAAAAUUCCCAAUUUUUUUCCCCCGCUCUGAUUUUUCCCAGAAAUUUUUGGGGCCAAAACAACAAAAAAAUAGGAAAAAAAAAUCCCGUCAGGAUUGAAGUUCCCAACAAAAUUCCCAUUCCUGUAACGCUUCGGCUCAGAGGGGAUUUUUUAGGGAAUCUCCUGAAUUUUUAGGGAAUUUUAACCCCAGGAUCCGACUCCUUGGAGGGUCCUGAUGCUUUUAUCCCGAUUUUCCUGCUUUUAUCCCAAAUUUCCUGCUUUUAUCCCCAUUUUCCUGCUCUUUUUUUCCCCUUUUUUUCCCCAUUUUUUCUUCCCCCUGGCUAUGCAAGAGCUCCCCCGGGAUGGAAAUCCCAGAACAAUCCUGGAAAAAUAAAAAAUUCCACAAAAAAAAAUUAAAAAUCCCGAGAGGGAUCCCGAGAGGCUCGGGAGGAGCCAAAUUAACCCAAAAACCCUCGGGGGAAAAUCCCGGGAUUUGGGAUCCGCCGGGAAAAGCUUCGGGAUUCCCCCUGGAUAUGCAAAAAGGGCGCCAAUAAAUCUGUGGAAAAUGGGA